AGUGAGUCUGAGAGCGAACGCGAACAUCUGGACAAGGAGGUGGACAGCUCAGCCCCACCAGUGACAGGGAUGGCCCCCGUGUUCACAGUACCACAGACGCUAGAAGCUUCGGAGACAGUAGAUUCCGCAACUGGAACCCAGACCCACGCGGAUGGAUAUUCAAGUGCCUGUCCUAACACGGACCUGCACAAAUUUCAGCGGCUACCAAGACAUGCUGAUUUCGGUACUGAAGAUGAACAUUAUCAGCAGCUCUACAGUCGUGGUGCCUCUGGCAACACUUUCAAACACCGACGAGCACGAACAGCCUUCACGUACGGACAGUUAAUGGCGUUGGAGAACAAGUUCAAAACAACCCGUUACCUGUCCGUGUGUGAGCGAAUGAAUAUGGCGAUUUCUUUGAAUCUGACAGAAACGCAGGUGAAAAUCUGGUUCCAGAACAGACGGACAAAGUGGAAGAAAGAAAAUCCCUCCGAAAAUCAUCAUCUGUGCGUUUCCAGUCGACAGGCAGACGCGACCCGCGCAAUCAACCAUCAGUCCAACACCCCCUGUGGCAGCGUUUGUAAACUCAUAGAGAAUGACUCAGUGGAUAGUACGACUGAGAGCAGCGACGGUUCGUCGCGGCUGACCUGCAACGAAACUAACAACAACAACAACAACAGGCCGGUUGAACUGCCAACACCCGACCCCAACUUCCUCACCUCGCCUGGAGCUAACCUCUGGCUUGCCUAUCUGUACGGUCAGCUGCAGUCAACACAGCCGGACGCAGACCUCUCCACAAGUGUCUCACUUUUCGGCAGCAAUCUGAACCGUCUGGCGAGCAUGGAUGCGCAAACAGGCCAGCACGGUGUGAACAAUGUCUGCUAG